GCAUUCGUUUGUGAUACAAGUCAAGCAGCGGCAUGACACAAGCCGAAAGAGAGCAAGAGAAUGGAAAAGAGAAAGAAAAGGAGCGUGAGAAGGAAAAGGAGAAGGAGCAGCGCGGUGUGAAAAGGCCAAUCGUCCCCCCCGUAAUCCCGGAACCGGUUCAGGAGCAAAUCCAGAGUAAUUUCAUCGUGGUGAUAAAUCCCGGCUCUAAAACCCUCCGCAUUGGCCGGGCUACAGACACGUUUCCUGCUGUUGUCCCACACGUGAUCGCCCGACGACUGAAGCAGCCCGCUCAGCCCCGCUAUGAAGACCCUUGGCUCUUGCGAGACGGACUGAAUAGACCAGAAAGUAUUGAACAGAGACAAAAUGGUCUUAAGAUGGUCGACCAGGCCAUUUGGUCCAAGAAGAUGUCUAACGGAGUUAGAAGAACCCCAGUGUCGGCAGAACAGGCAAGGUCCUACAACAGACAGGUACGCCCAGCUGUCCUGGAAUCCAGCUCCAGAGUGAAGUGGACUAACACAUCAAACCAGCCGGAGUUUCUCGUCGGCGAAGUGGCUUUGUAUGUGAACCCGGCAGACAGCUAUAGCAUCCACUGGCCGGUGUGCAGGGCCCAGCUGAACGUACACAGCGGACCUGGCGGCUCCCUCACUGCAGUUCUGGCUGACCUGGAGGCAAUAUGGUCUCACACCAUACAGAAGUUCCUUGAAAUCCCUCUCAAAGACCUCAAGUAUUACAGAUGCAUCCUUCUAGUCCCUGAUAUCUACAACCGGCAGCAUAUGAAGGAACUGGUAAACAUGCUUCUGGUGAAUAUGGGCUUCUCAGCAAUAGUGGUCCAUCAGGAGUCUGUGUGCGCGACGUUUGGCAGUGGGCUGAGCAGCGCCUGCGUGGUGGAUGUGGGCGACCAGAAGACCAGCCUGUGCUGCGUGGAGGAUGGCGUGUCCCAUCGCAAUUCCAGGCUCUGUGUGGCGUACGGAGGCUCUGACGUGACACGUUGCUUCUUCUGGCUGCUCCAGAGGGUCAGUUUUCCAUACAGAGAGUGUCUGCUGUCCAACCGGUUGGAUUGCAUGCUUCUCCAGCAGUUGAAAGAGACCUUCUGUCACCUGGACCAGGACAUAUCCGGGCUCCAGGAUCAUGAGUUUCGAACCCGAUUCCCAGACUCGCCUACUCUGCUAUACCAACUCCGACUGGGGGAUGAAAAGCUACAGGCACCGAUGGCCUUGUUCUACCCGUCAACCUUCGGGAUCGUGGGGCAGAAGAUGACGACGCUGCAGCAUCGCUCACAGGGAGAUCCGGAGGACCCCCAUGAUGAGCACUACCUGCUGAGCACGCAGAGCAAGCAGGACCAGUCUUCCAAAGGCACAGCGGAGCGCAGGACCCUUCCCAAAUCCAUUGGUUUGGACGGGGAGUCCGGCAGCCAGGGAGUGGAUCCCCCCGUGCGAGGGGCACAUGUCCAGGAUGCGGAGCUGGGCCAUCCCCAGGGCGACUGCCUUAUGGGGGGUGCCGAGGCAGAGGAGCCGCCGUCUGCGUUCCUGUCCAGGAAGAGUGCCAUGACGCAGUUUGAAGGCAAAGCCCUGGGCCUCGACAAAGCCAUCCUCUACAGCAUCGACUGCUGCACAUCCGACGAGACCAAGCGGAAAAUGUACAGCUCCAUCCUGGUGGUGGGCGGUGGCUUAAUGUUCCCCGGGGCCCAGGAGUUCCUCCAGCAUCGCAUCCUCAACAAGAUGCCUCCGUCUUUCCGCAGGGUGGUGGAGAACGUGGAGGUGAUCACGCGGCCCAAGGAUAUGGAUCCACGGCUGAUUGCCUGGAAGGGAGGAGCGGUCCUGGCCUGCCUGGACACCACGCAGGAGAUGUGGAUCUACCAGCAGGAGUGGCAGCGUUUCGGUGUGCGCAUGCUAAGGGAGCGGGCCGCCUUCGUCUGGUGACGACCUCGUCAUUCGACCUGCAUUCCUCACAGACUGUAUAUACUGUCCCUUUUACUAUUGCAUAUGUUGCCUCACUGUAUUUGAUAUUGUUUGGUUUUGUAAAAUACAAACUGGAUUAAAGGUUGAUGGUCAUAUGGUGA